UUGAGUGUUUAUGCUUUUUUUAUUUUGGUUUUUGAGUUAUUGUUUUAGAAGAAGAAAUAUUUUCUUAUCUUUAGUGGUGUGAGAAAGUUGGGGGUCUGUUUUAUUGAUACAUGUCUAUCAGGUUAAUAUUUAGGUCUGUCCUUUUAUCUUAACUAAAUAAGAAAUAUAAAAUAAUUUUAAAGCUUUUGGUAUAUGCUGACAUGGUGGAGAAGAAGGUGGCGGUUUUGCUCAGAGUCGCAGUUAAAAAGUGUGUUGGAGCUUGGUGAGUUGGUUCCUGCGUGCUUGUUUAGUGGCAGUUGUCACGGGAUUUAAGCUUUAACAGAUACCGAUAACGAUACAGGUUUUAGUUGCUAUGUUUGCUACAAUCUGAAAUGAAAUUUAACAAAAAAAAGUGUUUUAUGCUGGUGAAGAGGCAAAGUAAAACUAGCGACUGUCUUUGAGCUGGGAAGUCUGAUGGUGAUGGCUGAGUUGGUUGGGGGUGGUGCCAAUGCUCUUCACUUUAUAGGUUGGCAGUGGUAGUAGCCGAGUCGCCUUGAUGAUGCUGGUGGCAGGGGCCAAGCAACACCGGUCACUGUAGCCAAUGCUACAGUGACCGGUGUCUGUUUUAUUCAUCUGUCAGUCGUGUGCUGUUACAAAUGUCCAGGUUUCUCAGCAGAAAAUUGUUUGCUAUUGAUUUAGCUAGAGACUUCAUGGAAAUGCAUCCACUUCAAGAUCUGUGUGGAUCAUGUGGCUUAACUGCCUGUAAAAUUUAGCAGAUAACUGAUUGGCAGAUCUUGUUACUGGAAUGAGCUUGCAAUCAUAAACAUACGAUUUCUGAAGCUAAUUUUUGUUACAGAAAUGUAACACCCCAGUGCUGAUCGAAGAGAGAAACGUGUUCCGGACAUAAACAUUGCUAAAAUUCCAACCCUGCAUCUCUAGUUCUAUCGUUUCCAUCCGUAAAGCUUUUCUACCGGAUUGUGGGGUAUGGUAUAUGAUUGUUUGAAAGGUAGAUGAAGUUUGGGCUAUCAUCAUGAAUCAUCAUGCUGUCGUAUCGGUAACAAAAAGUGAGACCAGUAAAGGAGUCACACAACCAUUUUGCACAACCUUAUUUCCAAUCCAGAAUUCUUCUAGCAGCAAAUCAGAUUGUCAAACUUCAUUGACAGGUGAAUCUUCUUCUUCACGCCCAUCCCCGUUGAUACGGACAGAAUCUCUCGGUUCUCCAAGUAAAAUGCAACUGUCUACAGCCCAACAUCAAAUGUGUUGUCUGAAAUUUGGACCAGACAGCCCUCUUUCCCCUACUUCCCAUGUCCAAAGUUCUAAGAGCACAUUUCAACGCUCUUCUGUCUUCUGUACAAGUUUAUAUCUGUCAUCUUCAUCGAUCUCUGAAGCUAAUCGACAGCUUGGAAAUUUGCCGUUUCUCCCACAUCCUCCAACAUACAGCCACUCCGUUUCUGCCACUGAUUCAACAAAAUCUCCUCUGCUUUUCAGUGAGGAUUUAAGCAAUCAGUACGACGAGGAGCAUUCAGAUGUUUUUAUGAAAGACUUUCUUAAUUUGUCUGGAAAUGCUUCUGAGGGUAGUUUUCAUGGUAUGAACUAUACAGGUGACAAUUUAGAACUAACAGAGCAAUUGGAGCUGCAAUUUUUGUCUGACGAACUCGAAAUAGCUAUCACAGACCAUGGAGAAAACCCCGGGCUUGAUGAAAUAUAUGGAACUCCUGAAACUUCAUCAAAACCAGCCACAGGAUUCGCAUGCAACCAGGAUUCUCCUUCCGUUGACGCACUUUCAAGCCUCCCCUCCCCUGGUUCAUCCACUGCACACAAGCCAAGGAUGAGAUGGACGCCUGAGCUUCACGAACGCUUUGUAGAGGCUGUCAAUAAGCUUGAUGGGGCUGAAAAGGCUACUCCAAAGGGUGUGUUAAAGCUUAUGAACGUUAAAGGUUUGACCAUCUAUCAUGUGAAAAGCCACUUACAGAAAUACCGACUUGCCAAGUAUCUGCCGGAAAAGAAGGAAGAGAAGAAAGCUUCUUGCUCUGAAGAAAAGAAAGUGGCUUCAAUCAACAUUGAUGGUGAUGUGAACAAAAAAGGGACAAUUCAAAUCACUGAAGCUCUUCGCAUGCAAAUGGAAGUCCAGAAGCAGCUACAUGAACAACUUGAGGUACAGAGGACUCUGCAGUUACGGAUAGAGGAACAUGCUAGGUAUUUGCAAAAGAUAAUAGAGCAGCAGAAUGCUGGCAGUGCCUUACUUUCUCCCAAAAGCUUGUCAGCAUCAACCAAUCCACCUAAAGAUUCUGAGCUGCCACCUCCUUCCCCGUCAGCUGUUGCUGAGUCUAAAACUGACUUGUCAUCACCCCUGCCUUCAUCAAAGCACAAAGCAGCUGACAGUGAUAAUUUUGAAAAACAAACAUCCGAGAAAAGGAUCCGUCUUGAAGAAAAGUCAGAAUCAGCAUCAGAAGAUGCUGUGGUUGAAGAUCCUCCUGCAUAACAACAUUGGCCUUGCUGCGGCUACCAGUACUUGGGUGGUCUCAAUUGUUUGGAAGUCUCCAAGAUAAUACAAGUCUUGUAGGCCUUCAAUCCCUUGUACAAUAGUAUAAUUGAAUUGAGAGUUGCUUGAUUUGUAUCUCUUGACAUUUUAGCUGUUUGAAUCAAACGAAAAACUAGCAUUUCAAAUUGCCGGAGCUUGGUAGAUAUCCCUAGUUGCUGCCAUGGUAACUUUGAGCGCUAACUACUUCACUAUUAUGGGUUGUAAUAUGUUUCUUGCGUAAACACAUUCUGUUGCUUCUUCUUCUUAAGAGCUGACCUCUAUGGUUUUGUUCAA